GCAAGCAAAGCACGCAGCUGCGUUUUGGAACGCAGAUUGGUCAUAUUACUGCUCCCAGAACAUCGCCUCCUAGCUGCAGCCAUCGCUGUAGCAGGCGCAGACGCUCUAAAAGCGACACUUGCACCGAGAGCCCCUUUGCCUCUCAAACCAAAACGAUGCGCCGCGCCCUAGUACAGCUCAGGAGGACGCCGCCGCCGCGCCGCCCCCUCUCUCUGUUAAGAGUGGGCGGCGUGCCCGAGCACUUCAACUACCCCAUAAGGCAAGCCGCCGCGAACGGAGGCUUCGCGUGGAGUGAGCACCCGGGCGGGAGCGGUGCGAUGGCCCAAAAAUUGAGAGAAGAUGAAUUAGAUGUUGCUAUUUUAUUAACGGAGGCCGCCACGUUGUUUGCACAUAAGGGCGACGUGACGAUCGUGGGGUCGUUUGUGGACACUCCAUUAACAUGGGGCGUGCACGCGCUCGCAGGUUCGGAGCCGUCUCUGGAUUCGAGGUAUGCGGUCAGUAGGAUGGGCAGCGGGAGCCACCUCAUGGCCCUCGUGGCGGCGCGGCAGCGCGGGGCGCCCGAUCCGUUAUUUGAGGUGGUCGGCGACUUGCAGGGCGCUCGGAUAGCUCUGAAGAACAAAGAAGCGGAUUUAUUUAUGUGGGAGAAAUUCACGACGAAACCUUUGGUGGAUAGCGGCGAGUGGAGCAGAGUCGCGGAGGUCCCUACGCCGUGGCCGUGCUUCGCGGUGGUGUGUACGCCGGAAGUCGCGCGUUCGAGACGCGACGAGGUCUCGGAGGUUUUGGGGAGCGUCUACGAAAAAGCUUCGCGGAUCUCCUCUGCUGAUAUCGACGCCAUCGCCGCGGAUUAUCAUCUGAAGUCCGACGAUGUCGCCGAGUGGCUCGCGGGCGUCACAUGGGGCCCGGGCGUGCGCAUGCCUUCACGGGUCAUCGACGACUGCACGCGGGCGUUGUUGGAAGCCGGCGUGCUCGAGCAGGGGGAGGUGAAGUCGUACCGCGAGGUGGUAUCGGACUGGACGCGCGACGAGCCGCUGGACGCGUGAGUUACUUCGCGUCGAUGGCGUGGAGGUGGCGUCUUUUCCCCGCCAGCACGUCAUCGCUGCAACCGUGCGAGUCGAAGGGAAGAGGACGCCCGUCGCCGCUUCCCGCGUGGCAGCGGCAGGAGGAGCCGUGAAUAACUUGUUGUCUUAAUCUACCAUCUUUCCGAGCCAGACGCGAACGGGUUCCGCGCGUACGUCUCAGCCAAGAACUCGGCGUGCGCGCGGCCGCCCUCGCGAAGCUUUCGCCGCGCGACCAUCCGGUCGCGGUCCACCGUCCGGAUCCAGCGCCUUUGGUCGGCCAGGCGCGCGUGCAAAGCGACGUUCGCGGCGAGCCGCGCGUCCGUCCUUAUUAAG